GUCAUGCAUGUUAUGGCAGGCCCUGCAGGUAGCCGGAAUCCGGGCCCCCCUCAAGCCCUGUACACGGUCCUCUUAAUAAUGCUGGUCGUGAUGAGCUUGGCGUUUGGUGAGUUUGAGCAUUAUGAUCAAGAACCCCUUCAUCAGAUUCACUUAAACAAAUACCUAAGCUGCUAUCGAUGCCUCUUGGAGACCAAGGAGUUGGGAUGCCUUCUAGGAUCUGACAUCUGCCUCACCCCGAAGGGCAGCAGCUGCAUGACACUGCUCAUAAAGAACAACAGUGGUUCGGAGAUCAUGGUGAGUGACUGCCGCAGCAAGGAGCAGAUGAGUGAUUGCUCGUACACCCACACUUCUCCAGUGCUGGGCUUCUGGAUAUUCUCUCGAUGCUGCUUCCGGAAUUUCUGCAAUAACCCUCAGAACAGAAUAAAAUAUGGUCCUUAGAACUUCUGUAGAGACCUCUGGAGUAAAAACCUGCCAAUUUCCAGCCAUCCUCCUGAUUUCCACCUGGGGGCAGCCAGAACAACGUCCGGCCCCACCCACCAGCCCUCCCUGCCGCCCUCAGCAGCAGUUACUGGACCCCAGUCCUAUCUGCCUCUUGGUUGACGCCCCUCAACACCCCUAUUCCCACUCUGCCCCUUCCCCAGGCUCCCUCUCCAGAAUUCUCUGGAGUUUUCCUUCCAGUCCUCAGUCUGACAUCUUUCCUCCUGUCUGUUCCCACCGCAAGGAUGCCCCUUUACCCUGCUUUGCUUCUUUUCCCACCACAGUCCUCUCUUGU